GUUUGAAAGCAAUGCACUAGUUAUACCGCGCUUCAGUUAUGAGACACCUGUGGCCCCCGCUCAAUAAUGAUUGCACUAACUGUCAAGCGACAUGCUUCGAUAGAGCAGAAUCACCACGCUCGUGGCCGAAACUUCCGUCUAUUGGAGCUAGGAAGUUAGCCAAGGAGCCCGCGCAUGGAGGACGUCAACAGUUGACGACUCAUGAAAGCGAAUGCAUAUUUUGCCGUGAAUUAUGUGGCAUGGAAGAGGCUUCUGUUGACGAAUGUCUGUCGCCGAAAAUGAACUUGCAUUGCCCCCACCAUAGAAGGACUACCCGCGCACUUACCCGCAGAUGCAUACAUACAGAGUCAAGCGACGCAGAACAUGAUCUGAAAGUUGACAAACCUGACAUACUUCCAUAUAGGCGGCAGAACACCUCCAUCCCGACGAACCCAAAGGAUAUACUGUUCUACCUAACGUUGGACGACAGCCGCAUUCUUGGCCCAUUCAUUUUCAACUUCCUACCGGGUCUAUGCGAACAGAAGGAGGAUCAGUUCGUCGUGUACAGCGGAUUUCUUGAUAUUCUGAAUCAUUCAGUAGAUUCAGCUCAAUGGCAAACGAAAUCUGAUUUAUCUCCAAGAACCCGGGUGCAUAAUGCGAAGGUGGCUUUGCUACACAUUCAGCUUGAACAUCUCGUGCUGAAUGAAGCCAAAAUGAAAGGCGGAUUACGUCAACCGCUCACUGACGUCGAAACCACCAAGCGAUUGAAUGAACUUAUUGGUGGCGUCCGAAUGAACAUCACUGCCACAGCUUUUACGCCGCGGUUAGACAAAAGAAAUGAUAUGGACUCAGCACCUUGCUUUCUUGAAUUGCAAAAGACAAUUCUGGAAAUGAAGCAACAGCUUAGCUUGAUGCGGAUGGAGAACCAAAGUCUGCGAGAUUACUUGAGAGGAACACACUUGGCGUCAGAUCCGAAACAGGAAGUAUGCUGUAAGACAGAACAACAAAUAUCGGGAGAGGAUGAUGAACUGGAGGAACACGAGAAAUCCCUUUUGCUUACACGCGAACUGCUAGAGGAGUACAAGAAGGAAAAUGAAGCGUUAAGAGAGCAAAACUCACUGCUAGAGCAAACCGAAUCCAAACUCCGACAGCAAACUGACCUUAUGGAGAUGGACAACCGAGCGCUGCUCCUGGAACUCAAGGAGAUAAAAAGGCAACUCAAACAACAGGAGGAAGACAAACGGACACCUGUAUGUUCCAGUCAUACUUUGUCCUUGCUUCCGGUGCUUGCACCGCCCAGAAAGGACCAAUCAAAGGCAUGUCAGCCGCAGACAUCGUGUCUUCAUGCGAGAAACCAACCUGAUGCUUCAAAGAAACCCGACCGACAACAGGUGAGGUUCGCCGGUGCAUCCUAUUUAGGGACUCGUCAAGCUACUCAACAGUCUACAAGCUUACUAGACAAUAAGGCUAAUAAGAGAAGUCAAGGACUCACGAGCCAGGCUGGAAGAGGUUCAAAUCAAAUUGAUGAGAAACACGUACAGUGUAAACCAAAAUUAUGUCAGCGGAGAAAAUCUUCCUACGCCAAUUCGAACAUCUGA